UCACAAAAAGCUAUUUUUUAUUAUAGAAAGCGCAAGGAAUAGGAUGACCUCCAUACUUGAUCAACAUGAGCAGGCUUCUCAAGUCUCCCAGAGACCUGCACAAAUGUCCGACCAGAUGACUUCCUCCGGCUACAUCAACAUGCAGCUGGAAGACACAACACCACUCUUCUCUAAGCAGAAGAUGAACUUCAACCCUUCGGAUUUGAUAACUCAUGUGGCGGUGGCCAGUGACUAUCUUGUACUGGCUAUGGCUAAUGGUAAACUGUUUAGGCUAGAUCUGAAGAAACCAGAACAGCAUGAAGAAAUCCACUAUACAAAAUAUGUUCAACCAAAUACAAAGCUGUCACAGAUUUUCCUGGACCCACUGGGCUAUCACUUGCUUAUGGCAUUCGCUGCUAAGAACAAAGAUGGGAACCCUGAACUGGUAUAUCUACACCGUAACAACAGCAAACUGAAAUCGGUCACGAAAUCUCGCAACUACGAAGUGACUGAAGUUGGUUGGAAUUACGAGAACAACUCCACAGCGACUACUGGACCAAUACUGUUGGGGACGUCGCAGGGACAUCUACUGGAAACUGAGUUUGAAGCUGAGAAUGACAAGAUAUUUGCAGCAAGCCAACAGUAUUGGAGACAGCUGCCUAAUUACCUUCCAUUGUAUGGAGGAAAAGAUAUAGAGGGACUGAUAUUUGACAUUGGUCAAGGGAAAGAGAAGGACUCCCCCAUAACUGGCAUACAGUUUCAUAGAGUGAGCAACACAUCCAAAUACUUUAUAUUCGUCACCACACCUACAAGGCUGUACCAGUUUAUAGGGAAUGCCGUGAUAACAGAUGGCAAAACGUCCCUGCAGUCGAUUUUCCAUGUCUAUCUCACAAGACCUGAAACGAGUUUUCAAGAAAUACCGUCUUCGUUGAAGUAUUCAAAGCUACAGUUCUUCUUUGACAAAAACAACACACCAAAAACUUUUGCAUGGUUGACUGAACCUGGAAUAUUUUAUGGACAGUUAGACCCAACAUCACAGCAAAACUCCAACUCUCUGUUCACACAAAACGACCUGAUCAACUAUCCAUCAGAUCGAAACGACGCCAAGGAGGUUCCACUCUCUUUCGUGCUCACCGAGUUCCAUGCAUUACUUAUGUAUUCAGAUCGUGUUAAAGCCGUGUCACUUCUAAACCAGGAGCUAGUAUACGAAGACCAUUACUCUGAAGUGCAUGGGAAGUUGAAAAACAUCAUCAAAGACCCAAUCAGAAAGACCAUCUUUGCUGUCACUGAGAAGACAAUUUUCCGCUACAAGGUGACGAGGGAGGAGAGAAAUGUUUGGAGGAUCUAUUCUGAUAAGGAACAGUUUGAUCUGGCUAAAGAGUAUUGUAAUAACAACCCGGCGUUUAUUGAUAUGAUCAAUGUUAAGCAGGCCGAAAUGUUGUUUUCGAAAGGUGAAUACGAAAAAUGUGCCAAAGUAUAUGCAGAGACCCUAAGCAGCUUCGAAACUGUGUGCCUGAAGUUCUUACAGUGCGAAAAGUAUGGCGCACUGAAAGUAUACCUCGAGAAAAGACUAGAAGAUUUGGAUGAUGACAAAACAUUAAUAUCAAUGAUAGUUAUAUGGAUGACUGAGUUGUAUCUAUCGGAAUUGGGAUCUUUAAGACGAGAUGGUAAGCAAGAUACACAGGAAUAUCAUCACUUACAGAGUGAUUUUGAAGUGUUCUUACUCCAACCGAAAGUGGUGAAAUGUAUGCAGCUAAUAAAAUCAGUGAUAUACAAUUUGAUGUCAUCGCAUGGUGAUAAGCAGAAUUUGAUUAAGCUGACAGUCAUCAAUGAGGAUUAUGAGAAUGUUGUCGCUCAGAAUAUCUACACCAAGUCGUAUGGUGAGGCCCUGAACAUGCUACAGUCUUUGAAGAAGCCAGAAUUGUUUUAUGAGUUCGCUCCGUCACUGAUGGCAGAAGUUCCACAGCAGACCGUCAACACUUUAAUGUCUCAAGGAGCUUUACUCACUCCAGUUAAACUGCUACCAGCUUUCCUCGCUUGUGAGAACGAUGAAAAACAUGUUACCGAAAUUAUACGCUACCUAGAGUUUAUGUUGCAAAACUUCAACGUUAGAGAGAAAGCAAUACACAACUAUUUGUUGACAUUGUAUGUUGAUCAUGAUCCACAGUUGCUCAUGAGAUAUUUAACGAGACAGCAGUCACAAGAUAUUGCGUCGGUCAACUAUGACGUGCAUUAUGCUUUGCGUUUAUGCCGCGAGAAGAACCUAACCGAAGCUUGCGUGCACCUAUCAGCGUUGCUCGGUCUAUGGGAGACCGCUACGGAACUGGCUCUCGGGGUCAGCCUGGCGCUGGCCAAGGACGUCGCCAGGAAACCUGAUGACGAGGGUCUGCAGAGGACACUGUGGUUGAGUGUUGCCGAACACGUUAUCACAAAGAACCAAGACCUAAAAGAAGCUAUGAGUCUGUUAGAGGAGUGCCAACUGAUCAAAAUAGAAGAUAUCCUUCCGUUCUUUAGCGACGUUGUGACCAUAGACCACUUUAGGGAUCCCAUCUGCCAAUCUUUACAAGAGUACAACAAUCAAAUAGAAGAAUUGAAAGCUGAAAUGGAAGAUGCAACUAAAUCUGCUGAAUAUGUCCGCCAAGAGAUCCAAUCGUUCCGCAACCGUAGCGUGCUCGUGUCCGCCGGGGACUCGUGCUCGCUGUGCGCGCUGGCGCUGCUGCUACGGCCCUUCUACCUGUUCCCGUGCUCGCACCGCUACCACGCCGACUGCCUGCGACACCACACGCAGCCGCUGCUCCCGCCCGCACGUCGCAACAAGCUAGGCGAGUUACAGCGUCAACUCAGCGUGCUAUCCAAAAUAGAGCUGGACACAGUCACAUCCAGCGGUCUGCCCCGACGAGACCAGAUUAAGAACGAGAUAGACGAUAUUGUUGCUGCAGAGUGCGUCUUCUGUGGCGAGUAUAUGAUACAGUCCAUAGACAAGCCUUUCAUAGCCGAUGAGGAUUGGGAUAGAAUGAUGAAAGAGUGGGAGUAACUUAUCUAAAAGGAAAGAGAAAGACAAUAGACAUAGAGGCGUAUUCUGCAGCGAGCAUAUGAGUCCACAGAGGCAUAGACAAUUCUUUUAUAGCUAAUAAGGAUUGUGAUGCAAUUUUAAGUGGCAACAAUCAAGCUAGUGUAAGGGUCAGCGCAGACAGAACGGAGCGCAGCUGGGAGAAUUUUAUUAACGCACUUGAAAAUAAACUUUAAAAUUACUUGCUCGCGCGUCCUCGAGGGUACGCGGGAAUCUCUUAUCGCAACUGUUAUAAUUUUAAAGUUGCGCUCCGUUCUGUCUCUGCUGACCCCCAAACGUGUCUUGUCUAUUUGCGCUGUAAAGAAUUGUGAUAUAAUAAUUGACAGUGGAAAUAACUCACUAGCUGAACUGAUUGAUGGAUGAAUGAAUACAUAUACUAUACAUAGUAGCUGCGGAGUGUUUUUUGCAUUGAAUACAUGAAUCGAUGGACGAACAUACUCGAUAUGAUUUGUAAUUUUGUCUAUGGAUUCUAAGGCCAUACCCUUUUUAGAUGUUAGCAGAAUAGUAAAGUUCCAAAAUCGCUAAAGAGACUGAAUCUUGAUUUAGUCUUAAAAUUAUAUAAGAAUUUAAUUUAAUUGUAAUAUUGUAUAUAAAAUCAUUAUAUUCCUAUAUUUUGCACUGUGAUGUUAUGCAUAUAAUAAUAUAU